GAACCGCAGUGGCGAGGAGGCGGCGGGCCCGGGCGGAGGCGGCGCGGCGCAGGCGGGCGGCUCCACCUCCGCAGUUCCGACGCCCCUGCCCUAGAUUCUCUAACUGACGGAGAGCGGGGCCUCUCCUUUGCUUCUCUCAGGAGUCGCAGCGCCCGCGGUAGCGGCCCGCAGCGGGACGCGGUCCCCGCAGCCCGACCCGGAGGCGGGAUGUCGGUGGUGGGCAUUGACCUCGGCUUCCUCAACUGCUACGUCGCGGUGGCGAGGAGCGGCGGCAUCGAGACCAUCGCCAACGAGUACAGCGACAGGUGCACGCCGGCCUGUAUAUCUUUGGGAUCCAGAACUCGAGCCAUUGGAAAUGCAGCUAAGAGCCAGAUAGUUACAAAUGUAAGAAAUACAAUUCAUGGCUUCAAAAAGCUUCAUGGGCGAUCAUUUGAUGACCCCAUUGUGCAAACGGAGAGAGUCAGGCUUCCCUAUGAACUGCAGAAGAUGCCCAAUGGAAGUGCAGGAGUUAAGGUUCGGUACCUGGAGGAAGAGAGGCCCUUUGCAAUUGAGCAAGUCACCGGAAUGUUGUUGGCUAAACUUAAAGAGACCUCAGAAAAUGCCCUGAAGAAGCCAGUGGCCGACUGUGUGAUCUCGAUCCCAAGCUUUUUCACUGAUGCUGAGAGAAGGUCCGUGAUGGCGGCAGCUCAGGUUGCAGGCCUAAAUUGUCUGAGGCUGAUGAAUGAAACCACUGCAGUGGCGCUGGCAUAUGGAAUUUAUAAACAGGAUCUUCCCUCAUUAGAUGAGAAACCAAGGAAUGUUGUGUUUAUUGACAUGGGGCAUUCUGCCUACCAGGUCUCUGUUUGUGCUUUUAACAAAGGAAAACUUAAAGUGUUGGCUACUACCUUUGACCCAUAUCUGGGUGGCAGGAACUUUGAUGAGGCUUUAGUGGACUACUUUUGUGAUGAAUUCAAGACCAAAUAUAAGAUCAAUGUCAAGGAGAACUCUCGGGCCUUGUUGCGGCUGUAUCAGGAGUGUGAGAAGCUGAAGAAGCUGAUGAGUGCAAAUGCAUCAGAUCUUCCUUUGAACAUCGAGUGCUUCAUGAACGACCUGGAUGUUUCUAGUAAGAUGAACAGGGCUCAGUUUGAACAGUUGUGUGCUUCCCUCUUGGCCAGGGUUGAACCACCUUUAAAAGCAGUAAUGGACCAAGCUAACUUACAACGUGAAGACAUAAACAGCAUAGAGAUAGUAGGAGGGGCCACUCGGAUUCCUGCAGUCAAGGAGCAGGUCACUAGGUUUUUUCUGAAAGACAUCAGUACCACCCUAAAUGCUGAUGAAGCUGUCGCCAGAGGAUGUGCUUUGCAGUGUGCAAUCCUCUCACCAGCAUUUAAAGUGCGGGAAUUUUCCAUAACAGACCUUGUUCCCUAUUCAGUCACAUUAAGGUGGAAGACUUCUUUUGAAGAAGGGACUGGGGAAUGUGAAGUCUUCUCUAAGAACCAUCCUGCCCCAUUCUCAAAGGUCAUAACUUUCCACAAGAAGGAACCAUUUGAACUAGAAGCAUUUUAUACUAAUUUGCAUGAAGUGCCUUAUCCUGAUCCAAGAAUUGGAAACUUCACUAUUCAGAAUGUUUUCCCACAGUCUGAUGGUGAUAGUUCUAAGGUAAAAGUUAAAGUUCGUAUUAACAUCCAUGGAAUCUUCAGUGUGGCCAGUGCAUCAGUGGUUGAGAAGCAGAAUCUGGAAGGCGAUCACAAUGAGGCCCCAAUGGAAACAGAAGCUUCAUCUAAGACUGAAAACAAAGAUGAUGCAGACAAAAUGCAGGUUGACCAAGAAGAAGGAGGUCAUCAAAAAUGUCAUGCUGAGCACACCCCAGAAGAGGAGAUUGACCACACUGGAGCCAAGACAAAGUCACUUUCUUCAGACAAGCAAGACCGCAUAAAUCAGACUAUUAAAAAAGGCAAAGUCAAGAGUAUUGAUCUACCCAUCCAGAGUAGCCUGUACAGACAACUGACCCAAGAUCUUCUCAAUAGCUACAUUGAAAAUGAGGGGAAGAUGAUAAUGCAGGAUAAGUUAGAGAAAGAAAGAAAUGAUGCUAAAAACGCUGUGGAAGAAUACGUCUAUGAUUUCAGAGACAAACUCGGCUCCGUCUACGAAAAGUUCAUCACUCCAGAAGACAUGAACAAACUGUCCACAGUAUUGGAAGACACAGAAAAUUGGCUUUAUGAAGAAGGAGAAGACCAACCUAAACAAGUUUAUGUGGAUAAGCUUCAGGAGCUAAAGAAGUAUGGCCAGCCCAUUCAAAUGAAGUAUGUGGAACAUGAGGAGAGACCAAAAGCUUUAAACGACUUGGGAAAAAAGAUUCAACUUGUCUUGAAAGUAAUAGAAGCACACAGAAACAAGGAUGAAAGGUAUGAGCAUCUGGAUCAUGCUGAAAUGGAAAAGGUUGAGCAGUACAUCAGCGAGUCCAUGAACUGGCUAAACAGUAAGAUGAAUGCUCAAAACAAGCUAAGUCUUACUCAAGAUCCUGUGGUAAAGGUCUCAGAAAUAGUUGCAAGGUCAAAGGAACUGGAUAAUUUCUGUAACCCCAUCGUUUAUAAGCCCAAACCAAAAGUAGAAGUUCCUGAAGACAAAGCAAAAGCCAACGGUGAACACAAUGGACCAAUGGAUGGACAGAGUGGUACAGAGACCAACCCAGAUCCAGCAAAAGGCAGCUCACAGCACACAGAAUCUGGAGAGAUGGACGUGGACUAAGUUUCAUGUAAUUCCAACAGUGGGAUAACUAUAGGGUCCAUUCAUCCUUUACGCCCGGUACACACAACAUAUGUUCAGUUGUUCUUAACUACUUUUGUCAUUUGUUUUUUGGAGUAGUUUUGAAAAGUGUCUAUAUUGAGUACACUGUUGUUGCCCAUUGCUGCUGUGAAGCUUUAGCUGAAUAUAGAUGUACAAAUCAGUCUGAGCUCUCCUCACAUACUUUGUGACAGUGUGCAGGACUGCUGUGUACUCGCAUCCGUCUACCUUAGUCCCAGCUGUUACUUGCAGAGCCCUCAGCUCCUCUGUGCAGGAAGGGAUACUGUAUCGCUCUUUUGUUGCAGAGGCAGGGAACUGGAUGCACUGUUACUGUGAAAAUGAAUUUCAUGUGGUUUAGAGCCACCAGCACUGACCUUUUCCUGGUAUCCGUAUUGUUAUCAUUUAAAUAUUAAAACAAAUGAGAGGUUCUGACAUACUAGUCCAUCUCACUGGCGCGCCUCAAGAACUCCAGUGUUGUCAUCACAUACAUGAGUCAGAAAGAAACGAUGCAGUUUGAUAUUCAGAUGUCACCAGCCUUUGCUGCUUUUGUUAGUAGAAUGGAUUGAUGUUUAAACUGUUGAUUUACUUGUCCUAAAGACCAGCUGCUACUACACCAAUGCUAAGCCUAUACCUUCAGGUUAUGAGGAAGCACUGUUGACCUGUUAGGAUGUGCAUCUAGGUUGUCGACAGGCUUAGUUCAGUUUUUAUAGUUGUGUUGGUUUUCUUAAUUGAUUUUUGUUUAUAAUACCUUAAUCUGGGGUAGGGAAAAUUGCACACUUCAUUGCAUUAUAUAUACCUAUCACUGAUUUAAUGUUUCAAUGUAGAUAAACACUAUAAAAUAAGCAGAAAUUCCUAAAAAAAGGAAUACCUGUACCAUAAGUCUUAGGAAAUAAUGCUUGUAAUAAACUUAACUGUGUUACAUCGGUAGGUAAAAUAUGUAAUGUUACAUAGUGUAAUAUGAUAUGAUGUGAUUAAAUUAUAGUUCCUGAUGUUAAAUUGCCUUUUGAAAACUUGGCUCCAGGUUUGGUGCUUCUUAAAUGGGAAAAGGCAGUGUACUUCAGCUCUAUUGAGGACCUGGUCUGUGGUUCAUCACCAGACUUGUUCACACCAUUCAGAUCUAUCCUGAGGCUUGGAACUGUUUAUUUAACCAUGGGGAAAGCUGGAGUGAUGCUUCAGUCUUCAAGGGAAAGAAGCAUGACAGAUGUAUAUAGGUCCUUGUGUUCCUAAUGCUAGUUUACUGAAGAUCAACUUCAGUUCCAGCUUUCAAAGGCUCUUGUCCCAAAUCUUUAUAUUAAACAACACUGACUUUUCUUAA